AUGUCGGACAAGCCUGUGACCUCAAAGUCUCCACCUCCAAAGGCAAUUGGUGUUGCACAUCCGCCCCCCAAAGCGCACGCAGCAGUUGACACAUGCAGCCCACACAACGCGCCAAUUUCCAAAGCAGCCGCGCCGCCCACCCCAGUAUCAGCACCGCCUGCGUUAGCAGCAGCAAAGUGGACACCCCCAGCACCAAAGUCCACGCCGCCGACAACAGCAGCAAUGUCCACACCGCCGACAACAGCAGCAAUGUCCACACCGCCGAAAGCAGCAGUAAAGCCCACCACACUGCCGAAAGCAUCAGCAGAGCUGAAAGCAGCAGCAAAGUCCACACCGCUGAAGGCAGCAGCAAAGUCCACACCGCCGAAAGCAGCAGCAGAGCUCACAGCAAGCCCAUCGCCAACUGUCGAAGCUAUCACCCAGAAGGUGGAAAAUGAUGUCAAGGCUUUGAUUGAAGAUGAAUUUGAUGAGGCAAUGUCUCAUGCGAUGAUUAACCCUGAUUUUAGACCAUACUUGAAACACUUGGGAUCAGAGUUGGGAGAAGAACCAGGUACCGAACUUGACAUUGAACAACUCGAAGCUGAAUGGGGAACCAACGAAUCCUAUGAAGAACUAGUCGCUUUUCUGGUUUGGAAGCAAGUGGAAGCGGCCAAAACCCAAUCCAUACCAACGCACACACCGCAAAGACGGGUCACCUGGGCCCCAGAAGUUGCAGAGAUCACACCCCCAGCAGAGAAGACACUAGCUCCAGCCAAGUCGGAACAGCCCCGCAGAGCAUCCGCAGUGACCGUGGCAAGUGCAAGCAAGGCUGUGAAGCCAGCAGAUUACAAUGAACGCCAAGCAUUGCAAGGAGUGUUCAAAAGGCGCCUCAAAAACCCUGACGAACAUCAGAUCCCUGCAGAGUUUGUGGCUUUGUGGAACACAACAAUGGAGAAGAAUAACAAGGCCAUCGGCUCCAACACAUGUGGCCCUAGGCUGCGGGUGGAAUCCUUUAAGUCCCACACCGAUCGAUCCACAGAUCGGAAGAAGAUGGGAAACUUGUCCAACCUGGGUUGGGGUUUGUUGACUGUGACGAGCUGGCGCACACGUGCGCAGAUUGUGUCGCUGCACUGUGGUGACAUGUCGGCUGCAGAGCGUGUGAUAGCCAAAAAAGUUUGCACGGAGCUUGGUCGUAAAGAUGAAGAAGAAGUUGCCGACCACCUGCAGUACGGAAAUUCGGCCAAGAUGGACAACGGUUGUGAGGCUGCGAAGAAACUGUUGAAAGGCGUUGACCACAGCAAGACCUUUGGGAAACCCAAUGGCCUCUUGUGCAAUUUCCCGCAGAGUGCUUCGCCGGCUGCGCUGCCGGCACCUGUUGCCCCAGCAACGGCGCCCCAUGAGAAAGGACGUAGUAAGGGCCGUGAUCGUGGUCGAGGAGAUGGACCCCGUGCUGCUCCCAAGAGAAAGACAAUGCCUGACUUUCUGGAAGACCCUUUGGGAGCAUCAGGGUGGUUGGUUUCACAGCUGUUGAAGGACCUUCAAACGGCCAAGGUUCUCCCGAUCAAAUUUGUGAAUUUAAAGCAUCAGGACCACCUUCGUAACUCUUUGGUUCAGUCUGCCACGGACUUGGAAAAAUGCUACUUCCAGCUCAAAGGCGUUUGUGAUAAUGUUCAGGAGGUGCCCGCUGCCUUCUCUGCAGGAGCUUGGAGAUGUGAGUUCAUCACAACCAUCACGGCCUCGGGUGGAGUUGCAAAUCACCGACAAUACCGCAGACCAGAUGCCCCUUUGGAAUUUGGUGAAGCGUUGGUGGAUGAGUUUGUUCAGAAAACUGCUUCCUCGGCAGUUCGUUGGUCGAAGAAGCAGGGCGGCAACCCAGCGGAAGACGACCUGGUCAAAAAACUUUCUGGUAUCGCUACGAAAGGCAAGUGCCUUCAAAAUGCUGAGAGAGAUCUGCAUAGAUUGCUUCAUCGUGAGUUUCUGUCCUUCAACCCAGAGCCUGAGUACGUCAUGGUGCGGAUGGUAGACCCUUCUAUUUUAGAGAUUGAUUGGUCGCCGUUGGCAGUCCUUUUCCCGGACACUUUGCUCAAAGCCUUGUGGGCGCUUGGAGAAGAUGUUUUCAGACAUUGUCUGUUUGGAGAUCUAAUUGAGAAUGAUACCCUGGAGAUCUGGCAGCACAUUGAAAACACCUGUGAAUGGUUCAGCUCCCACCCAGCCAGGCAUUGGCAUUCAAAGGGAAAACUUGCAAGUCUUGGAACGUACGGUGACGAAGUCCAGUGCUACAAGAACUCGGAAUGCGGUGUGGUCAGUGUCUCUGCAUGGUGUGCAGAAUUUUGCACCAACUCGCAUCCACUUUGUCGGUACUACCCCAUUGCCAUUUGGUCAGAACAUGUGGAAUGUGAGUGGACCUUUGGCGACAUGGAAUCUCAGAUGAUUCAACGUUGGCGCUCCUUGUGUGACCCCGAGGUUACGUGGCCUUGGACGCAAUCAGGCUACCUGAUGGCGUUCACUUUUGCCCAAGGUGAUCUUAACUGGCUGAAUGAACGAAUGGGUGGUUUACAUAACUACCGGCGAAAUGACUUUUGUAGUCGGUGCCACUGCCUGAAGACCGACCCAGACCUAACCAAAACGUUGCCUAAUUUUGCUGAGGAUCCUGACGCUCACGAAGAGCGAGCUUGGAGCCAGGAGGAAUUGGCAGGUUUUUCGCCUCUGCUCACUUUGCCUGGGAUGUGCAUGCAGUGGGUCAUGCAUGAUGUUGUCCAUUCUCAGUACUUGGGCACCGGCAAAGCUACGAAUGGCUUUCCAAAACUCCAAUCCAAAGCGGUAGCCAGCAAAGUACUGACCAACUGGCUGGCCGUUCGUUCUGUUGAAUUUGCCCAGCGACCAGGUCUGACGGAAGCUGAUCGAAUGAUAUCCAGAUGUGUGUAUUCUUAUUUCAAAAUAAUUCAGGUGAUGGAUACCAGUCGCUACAUCAUGACUGAACAACACGCGGUGGCAUUUCAUACAAAUGCGAUGAAGCACUUGCAUGCCUACGUGUGGCUUCACUCGCAUGGCAUGAGAGUUAUGCUGCGUACCCCUGGGAGGAGGUGUUGGCUUUUGAUGCCAAAAUACCAUCACCUAUGGCAUUGUACUUAG